GAAAAAGUAAACUGCAACAUGGCGACUCCCAUGCAUAGAAUAAUAGCCAGGAGGCAAGCGGAGGCAAACAAACAACAUGUGCGUUGCCAGAAGUGUUUGGAGAUGGGACACUGGACCUACGAGUGCACAGGGAAGCGUAAAUAUGUGCACAGACCGUCAAGAACAGUUGAGAUGAAAAAGAAACUUAAGGAGAACGAAAACAAACCACUCAGCAUUGUUGGACCAGGAAGAGAAGGCUCCAGUGAGAAGAAAGUCAAAAAGAAGGCUAAAGAUGGUAGCGACAGCAGCAGUGAUUCAGACGGCUCCUCAAGUGACUCAUCGUCAGACAGCAGCGACUCCUCCAGCUCUUCUUCAGAUGACAGCGACAGCAGCAGUGACAGCGACGAUGACAGCUCUUCCUCAUCUUCCUCUUCCUCCUCCUCUUCGUCCUCAGACAGCUCAGACUCAGGAAGCAGCAGCGAUUCUGAUCAAGGACCUCCUAAGAAAAAGAAAAAGAAGAAAUGAGGGAAUGGGUUGGAAUAAGUGGGUUUUCUUGUUGUUGCUUGUUUUCCUAAGUUAACUUUAGCUGUCUGAUGUUUUUUUUUCUCACUCUAAUCCGUUAUAGUUGGUCCAAUCUGAAUGGACAGGACACCUUUAGGGCUGUAAUACUGCUUGUACACUUUCAGAAAAAAUGGAAAUUAGAGUUUAUUUUGGGUUGGCUACGCUGUCAUGUUCUGUUUCCCUUUUUACCUUUGUUAAUGUGAUAUUUUCUCAAGUUUGUAGGUCUACUGAAGAUGAAUUUUACAUAUCUGAGGAAACUAAUGUGCUUAUUCUUGUUGAAUUUGUGAUUUUGUACUAAAGUAUAUUUUUAGUCAAACUUAACCUGUACAGCUCACAAUCUCAAUUAAGCAACACCGUAUCUGGUAUUCAAUAGAUAUUGAUACUGAGACCUUUUAAAAGAUAAUGAAUAAUGAAUAAAACAUAAUUCAAUUUUAAAUUUAUUUUGAAAUUAGAAGGUCUUGCAGGU